CAGUAAUAAAUGCCGCCUCUCCUCCGCUCCGCCGCUUGUGUUCACGUGACGCGAUGACGGCCCCUCUCUUCUCGUGACGCUCCGUCGAUCUGCUGACGCGAUGACGGCCCCUCUCUCCCCGUGACGCUCCGUCGAUCUGCUAUCGCACGGAGCUCAACGGCGGUCAUGGCGUCCCUCACGCCGGGCGUCCUCCUGAAGCUGCUCCAGUCCAUGAACACUGACGCCCGUGUGGUCGGCGAGCAUCGUUCCGCCGUGCUCCAGAUCAUCGGCAUCGUCCCCGCCCUCUCGGUCCCCACUGGUGGCAGCUUCCUGCCCUCCCACGGUUUCUACCUCCAGCUAUCCGACUCCGCCAACUCCACCUACGUCUCCCUCUCCGACGCUGAUGCCGACGCCGUCCUCUCCAGCCGGCCCCAACUGGGUCAGCUCGUCCACGUCGAUCGUCUCCAGUUCGCCCACCCUGCGCCCCGCGCCGUCGGUCUCCGACCCGUUCCCGGUGCCCGUCCCCACCCCUUCGUCGGAUCCCCUGACCCUCUCAUCGCUCUCUCUUCCCCCGGAAACCGCGGCUUCGUCAUCCAGCCGGCCACCGCCGCUGACGCUGGUCCUCCUCUCUUCCCCUCCUUUUUCGGGGCCAAUCAAUCCCACCAAGUAGAAAAAAGAUUCGUAUUUGCUUCAAAGGAGAAUGUUGUCGUCGGAUUAGGCAAGAACCAGGGAGAUUGCUCAGGAAAGACAACGCGAUUCUCCUCCCCCGUCACAGAGAAAUUGUCCGUCGUGAAGAGUGGUGCCGUUAGCGCUGAUACAAAAGUGGAGCUUUCACGCGAGCCAUCUCCUGCCUUGAAGGCAAACUUGCGGCACUCUUCUCCGGCAAUGGCGGCAAGGGCCAACUCGAGGCAAUCGUCCCCGAUCCCAUCCAAGUGCGAGGUGCCUAGCCUUGUUGCGGCCAAGGAGGAAAAUCGGAGAUCUGUGAGAGAGCCCGCCAUUGUCGUCCCAUCAAGGUACCGUCAGCCAUCACCAGCGGGGCGGAAGUCCUCUGCUUCCCAGAUAAAGAGGCGCAGCUCUGUGUCCCCAGCACGAAGGCUGUCGAUCGGGUUGAAAGUGCCAUCGCCGGCAACUGGGGACGGCAGUGAGAAGAAGAAAUUCGGAGUGGUCGUUGCUGGGAUUGCUAUGGGGUCUGAUGCACUCAUAGGUUCUGCCAAGUCCACAAGAAAGAGUUGGGAUGAUUCAACCAUGACUAGUUUGGUUCUGCCUUCCGAACCCAAGGAGAAGGGAGGAUCGAAGAGAAAAAUGGAUAAAGAAUCAAUUUUGCGAACUCAGGUUGCAAUUUCAAGGCGACUGAGUGAUGCUGAAACAAUGGAAAUAAGUGCUAUGGAGUUGUGUUCCAUGCAAACGCCAAGAGCAACCAAUAAGUCUGACUCCUCAACUUCGUCGGAGAAGUCAAGCAACAUGGCCACAGGAAUUACACUUCAUGAUAAGAAGUGGACUGAUGGCAGCAUAUCUUUCGACUCCAUCCCUGAUCACCUUGCAAGAUUAGGAAAAGAGGCUUUUCAAAGAAGAAAUGUUGCCUCUAUAGCUGCAGCAGAUGCUCUGGAAGAAGCCUUGGUUGCUGAAUCUCUUAUCAGGAAUCUUAGCAUGUUUUCUGAACUCUGUUCAUUGUCCCAAGCCAACAAUCCUGUGCCAACAAUCAACCGAUUUCUAUCAACUUAUGACGACGUUCUAAGGUGUAAAGCUGUCGCUAAAUCUCUCUCAGCAAGCCGCAACGAUGAUGGACUAAAGGAUGCAACUCCAACCGAGCAAGGCAGAUUGGCCUCCCUCUGGGUCCAGGCAGCAUUAGCCACUGACCUCAAAGCUAUCCAUUUGCUGAACACUGAUACCGAAUGCCCACUAAAUCAAAAGGCUUCCGAAAAACUUGCAUCCCCACAAGUCGAUCAUCCUCAGAGAAAGAAUGUGCCAAAGAAGCACUCAUCAACCAGAAAAUGUCACUCAAAGGGUCUUUCCAUUGCCUCAAUUGGCACUUGGACUCACGGUGAUGGUGCACAUGAAGCUGUGGAUUUUGCAAAUAUGUUCAAGUACGAAAUGCAAGCUUGGUUUCUGAAGUUUGUAGAGGAAGCAAUUGAGGCUGGAUUUCGCCUUUUCGGCGAGAACUCUGACGAUAACAGAGUUGCAGCAGUUUUGUCACAGUUGAAAAGGAUAAAUGAUUGGUUGGAUGGGGUUGGGAAGACAUCUGAAGGGGAGGUGCUGAAGGAAAAGAUUGAGAGAUUGAAGUGCAAGAUAUAUGGGUUUGUUAUUGGCCAUUUAGAGCUUGCUUUUGAUACAACAAUUUCACUUGCUAAAGCUUAAUUAAGAUUUUAGGCGAUUUAUUUGGAUUGUAUGUAUGAACUGUUUGUUAUUUGUCAUAAGAUUAUUGUGAUUGAUCUUCUUGCGAGA